CCGUUAUGUCGAAAUAUGAAACCCAACAAAUCUGUCGCGAUUCAUCGCCGUUCUAUCAAAAUGAUCAUUUAUUUUACAAUAAUAGUUAUCGUUUAAUGGAUAUGAAUGCAAUUGAACAUGCCUGGAGCACACCCACAUAUUGUAUUGACAGCAAACCACAUCAGAACAAUCAUCACGAACAGCAACAUCACCAGCAGCCGCAACAACAACAUCAAGUGCAUCCUCAGCAACAUCACCUGCCAACAACAACACAAGAUUGUUGUCAAUCGGUGACAACAACAACGGUAGUUCCAGCAACCACAACCUGCACCCUGACCGCCAACAUAAAUGCCAGUCAACAUUAUUAUCGUUCGCCCAGCAGUUAUUGUCCAGCCUCCUCAUCCGAUUUAGAAGAUGUGGAAAGCCAAUUUCAUGAUAGUUUCUUUACCACUGAUGAUUCACCGAAAUCUCUUACUCCAAUUUCUGUUCCUCCAGUUCGUGUGGUCAAGAAACGGAACACGGCAAAUAAGAAGGAGCGACGGCGAACACAGAGCAUCAAUAAUGCAUUCUCAUGUUUGCGCGAUAAAAUACCGAAUGUGCCGUCCGAUACGAAAUUAUCGAAGAUUAAAACCCUGAAAUUGGCCAUACUCUAUAUUAGAUAUCUAGUGGAAGUCCUUGAUGGCGACCAGGAUCCCAAUAAUGGGUUUCGUGCCGAUCUCAAGCCAUUGCAUCGCAAAAAUUCCCAUGAAAAGAGGGCGUAUAUACGCAGUGAAGCAGCCGCAGCAGCAACAAAGCUGACUGAUAUUACUAUGGACAUCUACAACACCCAAACAACAAGACCCACACCUGCCCCAAACGGGAAUGAAAACUUUUAUGGCGAUGACAAUGAAGUGUUGAAUCCUGGAGGACAACAGACUUUGCUGCAAAAUUUACCAAUAGAAAACCAACCCUUGGAAAGGAUCAUAAUGGCGCCGGGUGAAGGUCAACGGCCACUCGAUAUGGUUUAUGAUGAGGAUUCGGAGGAAUCGUCAUUUGCAGCAAUUUAG